AUGCCAACAAAAUUCGAUGUUAAUUUUACAGGUAAUAUUUAUUUAAAUGAUAUAUCAAAAUUAAAUGAAACUGAAAUUUAUUGUUUAUUUUAUCCUCGAACAAUAAAUGAUAUUGAAUAUUUAGUAUCAAAAGCUAGAUCUCAAGGUAAAACAAUAUCUAUACGUGGACAAGCACAUACUAUGGGUGGACAAACAUUACCAUCAAAAAAAAAUAAACAAACAAAUUAUGUCUGUGAUUUAAAAUAUAUGAAUCAUGUUGAAUAUAAUGAACAUACAAAAGAAGUUUUAGUUGAAGCUGGUGCAACAUGGACUCAUGUUAUUAAUAAACUUAAUUUAUAUGGUAGAUCACCAGUUGUUAUGCAAAGUUAUUGUACGUUUAGUGUAGCUGGAACAAUAUCCGUUAAUGCACAUGGUAUUACAUCCGAUGAUGCUAUGGCUGCAUCAGUUAUUAGUAUUGAAUAUAUUGAUAUGAACGGUAGAAUAGCUGAAUGUAGUCAUGAAAAAAAUCGAGAAUUAUUUUCAUUAAUUAUUGGUGGAUAUGGUCUUUUUGGAAUAAUUACACGAUUAAGAUUAAAAACUGUAUCGAAUGUUAAAACUUCAUUGGAAUAUAUUCGAUUACAAGCUGAUCAAUUUGCUAACUAUUAUGAACAAUGUCUUAAUGAUAAAACAGUAGAAAUAAAAAUUGCUCGUGUUGAUCUUAUUCGUCCAAAUAAUAUUUUAUUAUUUAUAUUUCGUCAAGAAUCAGGAACAUUUGGUACAAUUGCUGAUUUAAGUGAUGAAGCACGUAUUAUGCAUCCACGUCAUCAUUUAAUUUAUACAUAUGUUGCACAACGUCAACUAUUUGCUCGUAUACGUUUUGCAUUAGAAAAAAUACUUGCACGUCCACUUGAUUUAACAUAUUCGACUGAUCGUAAUACAACAAUGUAUGAAUCAGCUAAACCAAUGGCACUUUUAUAUCAACCAUUAACAUAUUAUGAUGAUACAUUUAUAUUACAAGAAUAUUUUAUACCAAAAGAAUAUUUUUAUCAAUGGUAUAAAGAAUUAAAAGAUAUUCUUAAAAAAAAAUUUGAAUAUAUUAUUCUAUUAAAUUUAACAAUACGUUUUAUUAAAAAAGAUCAAUUAACAUUUCUUUCAUAUACAAAAAGAUAUGAUUCAUAUGCAUUUGUUUUUUAUUUUCGUAUAAAACGAAAUGAAUUAGGUGAUAAUGAAGUUAAAAAUAUUCAUCAAACAUUAAUUCAAUUAACUUUUAAAUAUCAAGGAACAUUUUAUCUACCUUAUCGACAACAUUAUUCUCAUCAACAAAUCCUUCAAGCAUAUCCAAUGUUUGAAGAAUUUCUUGAAAAAAAACAAAUGUAUGAUUCAAUUGGAUUAUUUUCAAAUAAUUGGUAUGAAUAUUAUCGACCGAAAAAACAAUUUUCAACGAUGACAAAUCGUAUCAAUGAAAUGAAAUUAAUAACAGAUCGAUUUCAAAUUGUUGAACAACGUCGAACAAAUUCUUUUAAUUCAGUUAUUUCCAAUGAAAUUUCAAGAGAAAAAUUUAGAAAAUUUCUUCGAACAGUUUUUAAUGCUGAACCUAUUCAUGUCAUAUUUAAUUAUGUUAAUCGUGCUGUUAGAGAUCCAAAGAAUAAAAAUGAUAAUGAUAUUUAUCUAGAAUUACAAAAUGUUUUAAAAACAAGACGAUUUACUUUGAUACGAAAAAUUUUUGCAAUAUUUAAACAAUUUCGACAACUUAGAUUACAAAUUAAUGAUAUGUUAAGACAACAAAUAACAAUUUUUAAACAUUUAGGAUAUUGUGGAAAGAUUCGAGAUAUAGUCAGUAUUGGUGAUGGUGGUCGAUGUAUAAAAGAAUUACAAGAAAUAUUAAAAAUAAGAGAUGGUCGUGUUUAUAUUGUUAAUGAUCGUCAACGUUGGACAGAUAUUAUUGAACGAAAUAGUUUAUUUUCUAUUGGUAAUUUUAUUCCAUAUAAUUUUUCAAAUUUAACCGAUGUUCCUAUUCCAAGUGAAUCAAUUGAUCUUGUUGUUUGUUAUAUGGGUUUACAUCAUUUACCACAAGAUCAACUUGAUAUAUUUUUAAAAAUGAUCUAUAGAAUUCUUCGUCCAAAUGGUUUAUUUAUAUUUCGUGAACAUCAUGCACUUGAACAACUUAAACCAUUAUUAGAUGUUGCACAUAUGGUAUUUAAUGUUGUUACUGGUGUUGAUUAUGAAUCAGAACGAAAUGAAAUACGAGCAUUUCGUACUAUCGAACAAUGGCGUUCUUGUGUAAGACAAAUAGGUUUUCAAGAUACUUUUAUUUAUGAUGAACAAGAAGAUGAUCCAACAGAUGAUAUAAUGAUUGUUGUACGAAAACCUGACAUAGAAUAUGUCGAUACUAAUGAUAUAAAUGAAAUAAUUGAAAAUAAAACUUAUACAAAAAUAUCUGCUUAUCUCGAAUCAAAUUACUUUCGUCCAUUAGAAUGGUUAGUUGUUCGUAUUCUAAUGGAAUUUGGACAAUAUUUAAAUCAUACGCCAUUUUAUUAUUUUCCUUAUAUGAAAUAUCUUUCAAUUUAUUGGUCAUUAAGUUUAACUGAAACAGAUUUUGCUAUAAAAAAAUAUGGUUUCAUACAAACACUUUUUGUAUCACCUGCAUUUUUCAUGAAUAUAUCUGUUGGUGUUUUUUUAUCUUUAGCAUUCAUACAAAUGGCUUUUGUUUCAUUUCUUAUUCGACUUGUGCCUGGUUUUCGAUAUGGACCUGAAUAUGAACAAGUAAUUAUUGAAAAACUUGAUGAAAAUAAUGAAGAUUUUAAUUUUCAAGAAUCUAUUGAUGAAAGAAUUGAUGAUAUACAAAUAUUAAUAGAUAAUCGUUUAUAUGCUAUACGAGUACCAAGACAUGAAGUAUUUAAUUCAAUAUUAAAAAGAAUUGCUUUACAUCCAAUAAAAUUUAAUAUUUUAUCAAUAUCAAAACAAAAAGAACAAAUUCAAAUUGAAUUAGCGGUUAAUAACAAUAAUGAUGAACGUCUUUUAUGGUUAAAACAACGACCUAAUAUGGAUAUUAUAUUUGAAUUUAAAAGUCCACUAGAUCAAAGUCGAACACAUAUUAUUUUACGUGUUAAACUUCGAUAUUUAUUAACAUUAAUACGUGAAUGUGCACAAUUUGAAGCUGAUAAAUCAUUGACAAUUAUUCAAAUUUAUGAUCAUUUCUUUUAG